AGAGAGAGAGAGAGAGAGAGAGAGAGAGGUUGCAGAGAUGGGAAGAAGCCCUUGUUGCUCCAAGGAGGGCUUGAACAGAGGAGCGUGGACGGCUCAAGAAGACAGGAUCCUCACCAACUACAUCAAGGCUCACGGCGAGGGCAGGUGGAGGAACCUCCCCAAGAAAGCAGGGUUGCAGAGAUGUGGCAAGAGUUGCAGGCUGCGAUGGUUGAACUACCUGAGGCCUGACAUCAAAAGAGGCAACAUAUCUCCCGAUGAGGAAGAGCUCAUCAUCAGGCUUCACAAGCUUUUGGGGAACAGAUGGUCUCUGAUAGCCGGGAGACUUCCAGGGCGAACAGACAAUGAAAUAAAGAACUACUGGAACACCAACUUAGGCAGGAAGGUCCAGAGCAAUACCCCAACCAACUCGCAAUCUCGCAGUGGUCAUGUCGAUCAAUUAUCCCCAAAUCAUCAACGUGACGAUGAUCGACCCCGCAAAGUAAAGAGCCCGAGACAUUCCGAGACAUCGAAAAUGUCUACCGACGAUAAUAGUGCGUCUGAGUCGCCAUCAAGUAAGCCCGAUGCUCGUUCGGUCAAGACCAAUGCGUUCAAGUGCUCCAAGGUCCUCAUCGACCCACCGCCAGAACAAGAACUUCACCGAAAUGAAGAUCCUAUCAACACGGACUUUGCAGCAUCGGCGGCAGUGGACCCGGCUCCCACCGGAGUCUUGCCGCCAUUCACGGGGAAUAUUCCGGCGGAUCUGUCGAUGGAUGACUUUGAGAUUGGGGAUAUCUGCUUGUCAGAGUUCCUGAAUUCGGACACAUCGAGCAUCGCUAACCAAGGUCAAUUCAACAGCAAUAACAGCAUCACGAUCAGUGACGAUCUGUUCGCUGAUGAUAGCCAAGUGCAAGGUCUGGGUUGGGCAGCACUGAGCAGUGACAGUGUUCCUGAUAAUCAUCAAGCAAAUGCUGGUCCCAACUUCCAUCAGGCUUUUGCCUCCUUUCUUGACUAUAAUGGAGGAGACCAGUGGCUUUGAGCACGACAUGAGAACUGUACGACAUCGUCAAGGAGCCAUUUUUCAUACAAGAAUUUGCAUAUAGGGACAUACUAGGCCGUCCCCGCUGUUCAUGAUUCCUUUCUUUUUGUCCUUUUUUUUUUUUUAUGGGUGUCUGCCAAUCACUCUGUUUAUUCACUCCAGGAUCAGCUGUUGGGGUCUCAAACUAAAACAUCAUUGCACAACACGAUGUUGGCCCAACUUGUCAGAUAAAUAAUCCCAUGACUAGCUGUACUUAGCUCCAAGAGAGAGAAAGAGAGGCCUCUGUAAAGGAAAUCUUUUUCAAGUUCUUACUUCGACUUACUUGGAACUAUGCAAUUCACUUGCUCUUUUCA